GAGAUGUCGCUAUUGCGGUAGUCGUGCAUGUCAUUGCGAACCAGCCGUAAUCAGCCGUAAUCGUACAUUAAGCGUAGUCUACAAUGAAGAUUUAAGCUUUAAGCCUUAAAAAAUUGACCAAUCACAGUCGAUUUUUAUAAAAAUACUCAAUUGUGAUUAGUCAAUUUCUUAUGGAUUAAAGCUUAAGUCUUCAUUGUAGACUACGCCUUAGACCUGAUUAGACCUUUUGGGAAGCAUUAGAAAAGAUAUCCACUUUACACUUCAAAUUGAAAAUUAAGGAUGUUAACAAUUUUACAGAUAGAUUCUCUCAAACAGCGUCUAUAAUAGAAAAAAAUUUAUCUAUUUUUAAAUCUGCUUGUGAUCAUAUAGAUGAAGUUACCAAUCUUCUUGAAUACUUAUAUAGUGUCAGUACAAAAAUGAUGUUUAAUCGUAAGUUCGAUACAAUAAUAUUUUUGUGGUUGGUAACUGUCACACUAUAAUAUUAUCAGUGUUAUUAAUUUUAUAUUAUUUACUUUCUAAAUCAUAAUCAGUGGAUAUUCACUGGCAGACAGUUAUAAGUAUGCAGUCGCAUACUUACAACUGUGAUAAUCAGUGAUUCACUGUUUCAGUCACUUUCACUUCAGAAUUAGUAUAUAUAUAGUCAUUGAAAGAUCCAUGUAUUUAUUUUAUUGAUUGAUAAUCAGUAAAUCAUUGUAAGUAUAUCACUGAUAGUCAUUUACAAUCACUGAAAGUGUAUUUUUACUGAUUUUAUCAAGUUUUUACCGAUUGUGAUUUAGAGAGUAUACAAAAAAUAUACCAAUGAGAGAAACACAUGUCAAAUUGCUUAUAAAGAAAUUCUUAUUUUCUAGAUAAUUUCUGUAGUGUUGAUGAUAUAAAUAUGAUAUAUGUAAUGUUUAUUACAUCCAAAGAAAAGCACAUUUCAUCAUUUUUAGAAAUAGCCAUAAUGUAAUUAUUCCUAAUAAAAAUAAUAUAUUUUUAAAUGAUAUUAAACUAUUAUAUAUAAAUUCUUAUUAUAUUAAAAUUGACAUCCAUUAAUAUUUGAUAAAUAUUAAUAUUUUUUAGCAAUAAUUUUUACAUGGAAUGUCACAAUGCACCUUAUAAAUCAUUAAUUUCAAGUAAAUAUAUUUAAAUUAUUUAAGAAAAUAAUGCUUUAAUUUAUUAAUCAUUUUUCUUUAAUUUUAUAAUCAUGAUUUUUUUAAUUUACAUAGAGUACAUCACUAAAAUGAUUGUGUUCGAAGAUUCAGACUUGUAUGCAUUUAUUAGCUAUUUAAAGAUUAAAUCUUAUCUCCUGUUAAAAGUACAUAGAAUUAUGGUUCAAGAAUCAAUAAAAAAAAAAUUUCAAUGGCUCUUAACACAAAGUUUUAACUAUUUCCCAAUCGUGGAUUCGAUCAUUGUUGUAUUUCAUUCAAUGGAAGAAUUAUUGGACAUUUCAAAAGAUUUUCAAGAUCUUUCAGAAUUCCCAAAUUUAAGUUUAAUGUCUAUAUGGUUAGAAGAUAUUGUAGCUGCAAAAAUAUUAGCAAUGAAAUUAAACAAAAAUGUUACAUUCAUAAAUGCAAACUUCGAAUUUUGUAAUGGUAUCGUAUUUCCUCUCAGAAAAAAAUCUAAUUUCGACUUGCUUCAGUCGAAUAUUUCUAAUGCAUUUGAAACUUUAGGAGAUAAAAUAAAUUUAGACACGUGUACAAGUUCAGUUUACAAUCUUUUUUAUGAUGGCAAGUGGCAAAUACCUGUAAAGGGAACGUAUUGGAUAUAUGAUAACAAUAUAUGUGCACAGACAACAUGGGAGGAUUUAAACAGAUGCAAAAAAUCAGCUGAGAAAGCAAGUAAAAAUUGGAGAAUUUUACCUAUGUCUUCUAGAAUAGAAAUCUUGAACAAUCUUUCAACUGCAUUACAUUGUAAUGGCAAAUUUCAACUUGCAAUGGAAAUAAAAGAAUGGCUACAAUAUUUAAAGACAUUUGAAAAUACACUAUCCUGUUAUCAAGAUGAAAAAUUUGAGAUAAGUAAUAUUCAUACGGCAAAAGGCAUCGUUACUCUUAUCAAUAAAGAUGAAAGUACUUUAUUCUGUCAUCUGACGUUUGCUUUAACUCUUGGAAAUUGUGUUAUAAUAAAACUUCGAGUAUUUUAGCACCAUAUUUUAAUAUAUUUUCAACAGCUGGGAUACCGCCAGGUGUUGUAAAUUUGUUAUCAAAUAGAGAUAUAGAAGAGUUUCCUACUUGUGAUAAGUCAAUCUCUUCAUUAAAUAUUGACGAGUUAACAGAAACAUUAAAUAAUAUAUGUAUAUAUUGUACUUUAUCGAAUCAAAUUAUACUCCCUCUUAAAUAAUUUUAAUAACAUUUGCUCUAUUUAACAUAUGCUUUAUAAUAUUUGAUUUAUGCGCAUACAAAUAAAAAUACAAAUUUUAAUUCAUUUAAUUAUAUUCUUAAAAUAAGUUCUUGUCAUGUAUUUUACCAAUAUUUUAAAAUAAAAUUGAUCGUAUAAUGUCA